AUGGCGCGAAAAGCAAUAGCAAAAGACCAAAUCGUCAAACUGAUUGUAGGCGCAGGGCAAGCGUCGCCCUCGCCGCCUGUCGGUCCAGCGCUAGGAAGCAAAGGUGUAAAGAGCAUGGAUUUCUGCAAAGAAUUCAACGCCCGCACCGCCCACUACACAGUCGGCACCCCGAUCCCCGCACGCAUAACAGUCCGCCCAGACCGCUCCUUCCACUUCCAAUUGCGCACACCACCCACCGCAACCCUGCUCCUCUCCGCUGCCGGCGUCGCGCCCCAAAAGAACAAGAUCCGGGGUGCUGGUAACGUGCCCGGACCCAUGAACAACCACGAUGGGCAGAAGGGCAAGACAUCGACGAGUAGUCCCACUGUGGGGAACGCGGUCAAGGGCACCGUGGGCACGGUGUCUUUGAAGCAUGUCUAUGAGAUUGCGAAGAUCAAGCAUAGCGAGACUAGGUUGAGUGGGCUGAGUUUGGAGGGCGUAGCGAGGAGCGUUGUGGGUCAGGCGGGGAGUAUAGGAGUUGUUGUUGUGCCGUAG